AUGUGGUCCAAUGCUGAAAUCGCUCGAGCAACGCGAGAGAAUCUUCCGAACAAGGAGUUCAACCAACCAUUAACAAAGAAAUCGCGCACAGAUUCUCUUGUCAGUGAUAGCGAUAAUGUUCAUACGGAACGUAGAGUAACACGCGUGGUACGUAUACUGGGGAGGAGAUAUCCCCUGACGGAUACAUUCUACAAGUAUCUCGACAUCGGGGUUCGAAUCGGUGGUUCCUGCGACGUAGAGUUGGCUAUAGGAGACGUGGAAACGAAAUUAAAUUUUCUAUGGAUACGUGGAAAGAUCUCUUACGAAAGAGGCAUAACAUUCUGCAGAUUUGUGCUGAUACUUAAACUCCGACAACUAAACGACGUAAAACUCGCAAACCUCUCAAAUUCUACCGUCUCUAUGUUCAUGAGUGAAAAAACCGUACAAAAGUUGUUCGCUUUCGAAUAUUGUAUCGAUCACAUGUACAGUUGGCUGUCUGAAAAUUUGUACCUGGUAGAAUCUAAGUACAAGAAGUUUAUUGAAAUAAGGAUUAUGCAAAGGCAAUUGUUGAACAUGAAAAUUUUGAGCGUCAUUCAUUGA